UCUGUCCCAAUGCUCUAAGUUGUCUUUUCCUCUCUUCUGGGCCACAGUCCUGGGAAGUGACCGGAAGGGACCACAGGGCAGAGACGCACACGCUUCUCGGAGAGCAGAUGCCCCGGCGAGGACACUCUCUCUCCGCCCUGACCCGGCUCUGCCGCGCCGCCCAGAAGCUGAAACAAGAGAUGGAGGCGCUUCGGUCCUCUUCUCAGGGGCUUCUCCAGAGUUACCGGGAGGAGUAUCGGGACUGUCUUUCUGAGAUAGUUCAGGCCGUCCAGACGGCCCAGCUCCACUGCGAGGCUCUGCUGGCGGCCUGGCCAGCAGAGGUGGGGCGUCUGGAGCAGUCCCUGCGGGAUGUGACCGAGCGCUGGCAGCGGGAGCUGCGGGAGCGGCGGCGACUGCAGGAGGCCCUGGCGGAGCUGAAGGGCAACAUCAGAGUCCACUGUCGGAUCCGCCCUCUGCUGCCCUUCGAUGACGAGGCUCAGGAGCCGGUCUCACAGAACAGCUCCGUGUCCGGAGGAGUGGUCCACGCAGUCGAUGACGAGACUGUCCUGGUGGAGUGCAACCGGCCUGGCCACCCUUUGAUUAAUAAGACAUACACGUUUGAAAGAGUUUACGGCCCAGCGGAGUCUCAGAGAGCGGUGUUUGAGGAUGUGUGUCCCCUUCUCACGUCCUUCUUGGAUGGGUACAAUGUCUGCAUCAUGGCUUACGGGCAGACGGGAAGCGGGAAGAGCUUCACCAUGCUGGGCCCGCAUUGCCAGGAGGAGCCUGCCCUGCCGUCGGAAGCCCGCGGCGACACGGGCAUCAUCCCCAGGGCGGCUGCAGAGCUCUUCAGGCUCAUUUCAGAAGAUCCAUCCAGGAGCCCGGAGGUGGGCGUUUCCAUAGUGGAGAUUUACAACAAUAACAUUUUUGACCUUCUGGCUAACGCCAGCUGUCAAGUGGCAUCUGGGGUGAAGCGACAGGUGCUGCCGACCCAGCAAGGAAAGAAGGCGGGCUGCGGGCCGACCCACCGGUCGGUCCACAGUGCCGUGCAGUUCCUGACGCUCGUGGGCAGGGGUCUGAAGCUGCGGGCGAAGCAGCCCACCGCGGUGCAUGCCGAGUCCUCGCGAUCUCACCUGGUGAUAACCGUGACCCUGGCCACAGCCGCCUCCCCCUGCGGGCCCAGCGGGCGGCCGUCCACACCCGGUCAGUGCCCGCGAGUGCCCACGCUGGUACAGAGGCGCGCGCGCUGGUAUAGAGGCGCCCACGCCCGUAUAGAGGCGCACUCCAGUACAGAGGUACACGCCGGUAUAGAGGCACCCACGCCGACUUUAAUUCACGUUUUGACCCCUUCAGGGUCUCUGGGCCCUUUUCUCAUCCAUGUUCAAGAGGAACGGUCUCACUUCUUGCGAGGUGCAGGCCUGCGGGGCGAAGCUGGGGGGCUCCCGCCUUGGGGGGAGACCCAGGGAGCUUGGGCACCGUCUCUCGUCUCUUCUCACACCCCUGCUGCAGCUCCGCAGUCAGAUCAAUCAGCAUCCACAGAGCCCUGCCGGCCUGGACCCUGGUCGCUGGCCACCGGGAGGAGGCAGAGCCCGCCUGUGCCCCCGAGGACCCGCGGGCAUGGACUCAGGGGGGCAACCCCAGACCCCCUGGGGCAGGUGCGCACCACCCUGCAGCUCGUGGACCUGGCGGGCAGCGAGUGUGCAGGUGUGUCUGGAGUGACGGGGCCAGCCCUGAGGGAGACUUCCUGCAUAAACCGGAGCCUGGCAGCCCUCUCAGACGUCCUGGGGGCGCUGGCGGAGGGCAGAGGCCACAUCCCCUACCGGAACAGCCGGCUUACCCGCGUGCUGCAGGACACACUCGGAGGUGAUGCAAAGUUACAGGUGAUCGUGUGCGUGUCCCCAGGCCAGAGGCACGUGGCCGAGACGCUGCAGAGCCUGGGGUUUGGCGCCCGAGCGAGGCAAGUGGAGCGAAGCUGUCCAGCCCCCAGAAAACUCAGGUGAAGGAGCAGUGACGCGCUCAGGGCUUUUCUCCCUUAAAUGUGCUCCUGGCUUUUCCUUAUAAUGUACGUGCUGUAAAAAUAAACACGUUGA